AUGCACCAUGACAACAUAAAUAUUAGCAACAAUGAGAGCAUAUUCGAUAAAUCACUAGAAAAUUUUCGUUUCCAUAAUGCAAACAUUUACUUAAACGAUAGUGGAAGCGCCGUGCAAGGCCCGUAUCGAAUUAAUUUCACUGAUCUCAUUUUCGUCGUUGUGUUCUGUUUGCUGAUAGUCAUCGUAAUCAUAGGAAAUACUUUGGUGAUUUUAUCGGUUCUUACAACGAGACGCUUGCGGACAGUUACAAAUUUGUUCGUAAUGAGCUUAGCUGUUGCUGACUGGCUGGUUGGGAUCUUUGUCAUGCCACCCGCUGUCGCUUACUAUUUAAUGGGAUCGUGGCACUUAGGGUGGAUUCUUUGUGAUAUUUGGAUAUCCCUGGAUGUCUUGCUGUGUACAGCAAGCAUUUUAAGUUUAUGUGCGAUAAGUAUAGAUAGGUACUUGGCAGUCACUCAGCCUCUUAACUACUCAAGGAGAAGGCGCUCCAAGAGGUUAGCAAUGCUAAUGAUUCUGAUUGUGUGGAUUCUAGCACUUGCAAUCACUUGUCCUCCAAUUUUAGGCUGGUACGAACCUGGCCGAAGGGAUUUGCUCGAAUGUCGCUACAAUGAGAACAAAGGAUAUGUCGUCUUUUCCGCUAUGGGCUCCUUCUUCUUACCAAUGCUUGUAAUGGUUUAUGUUUAUCUUCGAAUCUCCUGUGUUGUAGCAAACCGCCAUGAAGAUAUGGUGCAAAUAAAAGUUCACCAGUAUGAAGCUUUUCAUUUCAUUGUAUUCAAUUAUCAUCUCACAUCACUUGCGAUUUUCCACUUAAGUAAACAAGAGUUCGAAAACUCACGCACCAAGGAAGUUUGUAAUGACGUCGAUUUCGAGUCGGACACUGAAAACCGUGCGUGUCAGAACCGUAAGCGUUCCACAGAUCUCAUUUCAGCAACCACAAAGCUUACGAAUAAAUGUAACAGUCCUAUUCAUCCACAUCAAGAUAUUGUAAAAUGUAUCGAAAAGCUUCAAACAACUCAACAUUCUGAUGACACGACGUCAAAAAAUGGACAUUAUGAACUCAUAAGUAUCAAUAAAAUUCCCGCAGAGGCAACAUCAAAAGCAAAUUUAAAAUGUAACAACAAACUCAGUGCUCAAUGGCACCCGAGCUGCGAAAAAUCAGCCGCCGACUUAAAACAUUCAACACUCACAGUUUCAAUAUCAAAUAUUAAUAACAAUCUUGAUAACGGCGAUAAUAUUAUCGGAAAUCAGCAAUUAGGGCCAAGUACUCCGUGCAUUUUACGGUCUCGUUCUCAUACGAAAUCUAUAUCAACCCGGAUAUCCUCUUUGAAACGUGAGAGCAAGACAACUCGAACGUUAAGCAUCGUCAUGUUUAGUUUUAUCGCCUGUUGGCUUCCUUUUUUCAUUCAAUAUUUAAUGGUUCCAUUUUAUCCCAGUUUGAAAAACUCCAUUGCGCAAAAUAUUUUAACUUGGCUAGGAUGGAUUAACAGUGCUCUGAAUCCAUUCAUUUACGCGUUCU